AUGGCUCUCGUUGCAAACUCAAAUAUUGACUCUACCAAUAUUGUUCGAAGAUCUGCAAAUUACCAUCCUACCAUUUGGCAUUAUGAUUACAUCCAAUCAUUAAGAAGCAAAUAUGUGGAGACGUCAUUCACACAAAAGAUAGGUAAGCUGAAGGGAGAAGUAGCAAUGAUGUUUCCUAAAGUGAUGGAGCCCCUCGAGCUUAUUGAUAUCUUGCAAAGACUUGGAGUAUCUUAUCAUUUUGAGGACGAAAUAAGGAGGAUAGUGGAAAACAAACACAAUACUCAUCAUAGUGGUGAUGUUUGCAAGAAGCAAAGUUUAUAUGCCACAGCUGUUGAGUUUAGACUGUUGAGACAACAUGGAUAUGAUGUACCUCAAGAGACUUUCAAAAGUUUUAUUAACGAAAAUGGGGAUUUUAAAGAAUGUCUUUGUGUUGAUAUCGAGGGAAUUCUAGCUUUGUAUGAAGCCUCGUUCCACUUGAGACAAGGUGAAACUAUUUUGGAGGAAGCAAGAGAUUUUGCAACCAAACAUCUAAAAGAGUACGUGGAUCAAAGCAAAGAUCAAUAUCUUUGUAUAAUGGUGAAUCACGCCCUAGAGCUUCCACUGCAUUGGAGAGUGACAAGGUUGGAAGCAUGGUGGUUCAUUGAUGCAUAUAGGAGUAGGGAAGAUAUGAACCCUACCUUGCUUGAGCUUGCGGAACUCGAUUUUAAUAUGGUACAAGCAGUCCACCAAGAAGAUUUAAAAGAACUAUCAAGGUGGUGGAGGAGCACUGGCCUAGGAGAUUUGAGCUUUGCAAGGGAUAGGGUGGUGGAGAAUUUUCUAUGGGCAGUGGGAGCAUUAUUUGAACCUCAAUUUGGAUAUGAGAGAAGAAUGUUAACAAGGCUUGAUAUAUUGGUGACAGUAAUAGAUGAUGUCUAUGAUAUCUACGGCACUUUAAAAGAACUUGAACUCUUCACAGAUGCUAUUGAGAGGUUUGUAUUAAUGGUAGCACACCUCCAAUACUUCAAAUAUGGCUGUUUAUCUUCGAUGCAAAUACUUACAUGUAAUUUUUUCACGUGGUCUAGAUGGGAUGUCAAUGCUAUGGAACAACUGCCAUAUUAUCUACAGAUUUGUUUCCUUUCCGUCUAUAACACAGUUAAUGAAAUGGCUUUUGACACUCUCAAGGAAAAGGGAUGCAACAUCAUUUGGUACAUGAAAAAGGCGUGGGCAGAUCUAUGUAGAUUGUAUAUGGUGGAGGCCAACUGGUUUUACAACGGAUAUACACCAAGUCUUCAAGAAUACCUUGAAUGUGGAUGGAUCACAUCAGGAAUAUCAAAUAUACUGGUGCAUUGUUAUUUUCUCGCCACAAAUACCAUAAUAGAGGAAGCCUUGGAAUUAUUGAAAGAGUAUCCCAAUAUAAUUCGUUUGUCAUCAUUCAUUGUUCGACUUGCAGAUGAUCUCGGAACAUCUACGGAUGAGUUAAAGAGGGGGGAUAAUCCUAAAUCAAUCCAAUGCUAUAUGAAAGAUACCGGUGCUAGUGAGGAAGAUGCUCGUCACUACAUGAAGUCCUUGAUUAGUGCAGCGUGGAAGACAAUUAAUGGAGAACGUUUUGCAACUUCUCCAUUCUCUCAAGCAUUUAUUAAUAUUGUAGUUAACAUGGGAAGGGUAGCCCAAAUAAUAUACCAGUAUGGAGAUGGUCAUGGCAUUGGAGACCGCGAGACUAAGGACCGAGUGCAAGCGUUGUUUUUUCAUCCCAUUCCUAUAGUAAAUAAUUGA